AUGGACUCCAGCCUCGCCAGGAUACAGGCCAUCAGCGGCGCCACGCUCUCCGGCGUCCUUCUUGCCCAUCUUAGCGGGCAUGCCUUGUCGAUUGUCUCCUACGAGUGGGCCAACAGAGCUCUUUUGCUCGUCCGGCCCAUCUACCAGCAUCCUUUGCUCGAGCCAAUCUUUGCCGUGACUCUGGCCACUCACGGCUUGGCCAGUCUGGCACGAGUUUGGCUCCGCAAGAGCAAGAGCAAGUCCAAGGACAAGUCGGCCUCUCAGGGACAGUCCGCCGUCAAGGGAACGCCUGCAAUCGUUGCUGCACAGCGGGAGAUCGACUGGCAUCGAAAAGCAGGCUACACUCUGGCGUUUUUCAUUAGCGGCCACAUCUUUGCCGUUAGACUGUUUCCUCUCUAUCAUCUCGUCGAUCCGUCUGUGAUGGACCUGUCCAUGGUCACCUAUUCGGCCAUGACCUACCCCUACUUUUUCCCUAUCUACUAUGCCGUCCUUGGCACCGCCGGCCUCUAUCACGCACUCUAUGGAACAGCUAGGGUCUUGAAGCUGAAAACGAAGCGGGGAGUCAUGACGUGGGUUGGCUAUGGCUCGCUUGCCGUCAUGACCCUCACGAGCCUUGCCCUCUCUGGAUUUUUGUAUCCUAUUGAUAUGACGAAGGCUCCAAUCUGGAAGGAAAUGCAGGAGGAUAUGGUUCACAGUGCUGGCAUGGGCUUACUGGGCUGA